GCAUGCGCAGCCCACAUUAGUGAUGGAGGAGAGAAGAUGGCGGAAGCGGAGCCUCGAAAUGCAGUGCGAUGGUUUGGCCAGUUCCACUCACCGAUGUUUAGACUUAUGCCUAGAAUUUGGAUUCUCUGUGACCAUUUUUGAUUUAAGGACCAUAGUACAGUUAUGGAUAGUGAACCAAACCCUGGAACAUCUGUGUCAACCACAACCAGCAGUACCACCACCACCACCAUCACCACUUCCUCCUCUCGAAUGCAGCAGCCACAGAUCUCUGUCUACAGUGGUUCAGACCGACAUGCUGUACAGGUGAUUCAACAGGCAUUACAUCGGCCCCCCAGCUCAGCUGCUCAGUAUCUUCAGCAAAUGUAUGCAGCCCAACAGCAGCACUUGAUGCUGCAUACUGCAGCUCUUCAGCAGCAGCAUUUAAGCAGCAGCCAGCUUCAGAGCCUUGCUGCUGUUCAGGCAAGUUUGUCCAGUGGAAGACCAUCUACAUCUCCUACAGGAAGUGUCACACAACAGUCAAGUAUGUCCCAAACAUCUAUCAACCUCUCCACUUCUCCUACACCUGCACAGUUAAUAAGCCGUUCCCAGGCUUCCAGUUCUACCAGCGGCAGUAUUACCCAACAGACUAUGUUACUAGGGAGUACUUCCCCUACCCUAACGGCAAGCCAAGCUCAAAUGUAUCUCCGAGCUCAAAUGCUGAUUUUCACACCUGCUACCACUGUGGCUGCUGUACAGUCUGACAUUCCUGUUGUCUCGUCGUCAUCGUCAUCUUCCUGUCAGUCUGCAGCUACUCAGGUUCAGAAUUUAACAUUACGCAGCCAGAAGUUGGGUGUAUUAUCUAGCUCACAGAAUGGUCCACCAAAAAGCACUAGUCAAACUCAGUCAUUGACAAUUUGUCAUAACAAAACAACAGUGACCAGUUCUAAAAUCAGCCAACGAGAUCCUUCUCCAGAAAGUAAUAAGAAAGGAGAAAGCCCAAGUCUGGAAUCACGAAGCACAGCUGUCACCCGGACAUCAAGUAUUCAUCAGUUAAUAGCACCAGCUUCAUAUUCUCCAAUUCAGCCUCAUUCUCUAAUAAAACAUCAGCAGAUUCCUCUUCAUUCACCACCUUCCAAAGUUUCCCAUCAUCAGCUGAUAUUACAACAGCAGCAACAGCAGAUUCAGCCAAUCACACUUCAGAAUCCAACUCAAGACCCACCCCCAUCCCAGCACUGUAUACCACUCCAGAACCAUGGCCUUCCUCCAGCUCCCAGUAAUGCCCAGCCACAGCAUUGUUCACCAAUUCAGAGUCAUCCCCCUCCUUUAACAGUGUCUCCUAACCAGUCACAAUCAGCACAGCAGUCUGUAGUGGUAUCUCCUCCACCACCUCAUUCACCAAGUCAGUCUCCUACUAUAAUUAUUCAUCCACAAGCACUUAUUCAGCCACAUCCUCUUGUGUCAUCAGCUCUCCAGCCAGGGCCAAAUUUGCAGCAGUCCACUACUAAUCAGGUGCAACCUACAGCACAGUUGAAUCUUCCAUCUCAUCUUCCACUUCCAGCUUCCCCUGUUGUACACAUUGGCCCAGUUCAGCAGUCUGCCUUGGUAUCCCCAGGCCAGCAAAUUGUCUCUCCAUCACACCAGCAAUAUUCAACCCUGCAGUCCUCUCCAAUCCCAAUUGGAAGUCCUCCACAGAUGUCGACAUCUCCUCCAGCUCAGAUUCCACCACUGCCCUUGCAGUCUAUGCAGUCUUUACAAGUGCAGCCUGAAAUUCUGUCCCAGGGCCAGGUUUUGGUGCAGAAUGCUUUGGUGUCAGAAGAGGAGCUUCCAGCUGCAGAAGCUUUGGUCCAGUUGCCAUUUCAGACUCUUCCUCCUCCACAGACUGUUGCGGUAAACCUACAAGUGCAACCACCAGCACCUGUUGAUCCACCAGUGGGAAUGCAUUUGAACCAGUGUCAUCUGCACAAAGUUUUUUCUCUUAAGGUUUAUCAAGUGGAAGAUGUAUGUGAAGAAGAAAUGCCGGAAGAGUCAGAUGAAUGUGUCCGGAUGGAUAGAACCCCACCACCACCCACUUUGUCUCCAGCAGCUAUAACUGUGGGGAGAGGAGAAGAUUUGACUUCUGAACAUCCUUUGUUAGAGCAUGUGGAAUUACCUGCUGUGGCAUCAGUCAGUGCUUCAGUAAUUAAAUCUCCAUCAGAUCCCUCACACGUUUCUGUUCCACCACCUCCGUUGUUACUUCCAGCUGCCACCACAAGGAGUAACAGUACAUCUCUGCACAGUAGCAUUCCCAGUAUAGAGAACAAGCCUCCACAGGCUAUUGUUAAACCACAGAUCCUAACCCAUGUUAUUGAAGGCUUUGUGAUUCAGGAGGGAUUGGAGCCAUUUCCUGUGAGUCGUUCGUCUUUGCUAAUAGAACAGCCUGUGAAAAAACGGCCUCUUUUGGAUAAUCAGGUGAUAAAUUCAGUGUGUGUUCAGCCAGAGCUACAGAAUAAUACAAAACAUGCAGAUAAUUCAUCUGACACAGAGAUGGAAGACAUGAUUGCUGAAGAGACAUUAGAAGAAAUGGACAGUGAGUUGCUCAAGUGUGAAUUCUGUGGGAAAAUGGGAUAUGCUAAUGAAUUUUUGCGGUCAAAACGAUUCUGCACGAUGUCAUGUGCCAAAAGGUACAAUGUUAGCUGUUCUAAAAAAUUUGCACUUAGUCGUUGGAAUCGUAAGCCUGAUAAUCAAAGUCUUGGGCAUCGUGGCCGUCGUCCAAGUGGCCCUGAUGCGGCAGCGAGAGAACAUAUCCUUAGGCAGCUUCCAAUUACUUAUCCAUCUGCAGAAGAAGACUUGGCUUCUCAUGAAGAUUCUGUGCCAUCUGCUAUGACAACUCGUCUGCGCAGGCAGAGUGAGCGGGAAAGAGAACGUGAGCUUCGGGAUGUGAGAAUUCGGAAAAUGCCUGAGAACACUGACUUGCUACCAGUUGCACAAACAGAGCCAUCUAUUUGGACAGUCGAUGAUGUCUGGGCCUUCAUUCAUUCUUUGCCUGGCUGCCAGGAUAUCGCAGAUGAAUUCAGAGCACAGGAGAUUGAUGGACAGGCCCUUCUCUUGCUAAAAGAAGACCAUCUCAUGAGUGCAAUGAAUAUCAAGCUAGGCCCAGCCCUGAAGAUCUGUGCACGCAUCAACUCUCUGAAGGAAUCUUAACAGGAACAUGAAGCCUUGAUAAAACAGCAGUUUUACUCUUCUCAUACAAACUUGUAAGGUAAAGGCCUAACUUGGUCUAGAGUAUGACACUUAUUGUGGUGGAUAGCCGAGCACAUUGGGACCUCCGCAUCAAAUACUGACAUUUCUUCUACAGGUAUAAUAAUUCAUCGUACAUUUUCAUAAUUAACCAUUGGUAAAGUUAAUUUUACAGGUUACAUGAAACACUGAAAGACUUGUUGUUAUAGAGGGCCAUGAUAUUUUUCAAAGAAAUGUGUUAUACUAGAUAAUUUUUUUAAAGGUGAUGUUUAUCAUUAAUAUAAAGAAUCCUUUUAAAAGUAAUUUAAUGAUUUACAUUUCUCCUGUUUUGAUUUGGUUUUCUUAUACAUUUUUCUACCCUAUUAGUUUUCUAAAGGUUGUCAUGAGAGAUAUGUUAUGGCAUAAUUUAGUAGUCCAGUGACGGAAUCAUAUGCAAUGAAAUCAGUGUACACUUUAAAAAACAUGUCUUUUAGACAUGCUUUAUCUAUAAAAAAGGAAUUGUGUUUUAGUGUGAACAAUACUGAUCUGGAAGUGAAAACAGUUUCUAGUCCGAACUUGACCAAGAAUUUGGUUUGACUGAGAAAGUUUUCCUCUCCGUUUUUGUACAUUUAGAGCAGUGGUUUUCAAUAGAGGUCAGUUUUGAUCGCCAGGGGACAUCUGGCAAGUCUAGAGACAUUUUGGUUGUCACAGCUUGACGGGGCGUUCAAGGGAGGGUUCUAGAUACUACUGGUAUCUAGGAGGUAGAAGCCAGAGAUGUUUCUACAUAUUUUAUAGCACGCAGGACAGCACACCUCCACUACAAAGAAUUAUCGAUUCAAAACUGUCAGUAGUGCCAAGGUUGAGAAACUCUGAUAUAGAAGGAGUGAUAAAUAUUGUUUUCACCCAAAGGGAUCUUUUUUAAAAAUGGAGCAUAGCAAACAUAUAUGAUGGAAGUGUUAUUCCGAUAACAUUAAUAUUCUGUUGAAUUAUUUUUUUCUAGUUUAAUCAUGCUAGAAAAAGAAAAAAAGAUCUACAAAUUGGCCUAUAAAAUAAGGACUGACAUACAAAUAAUUUAACUCUCAGAAAGUACUAAUUCAUUCUGAUUAUCUUUCAUACCUCUGUGCUCCUCUGCACUGAUGAAGGCAUAAUAUGAUUAUACCUAUGAACCAGUGUACAGCCUUUUCUGGAAAGAAAAUAGUUUUUUAGUAGAUAUGUGAUUGCUCUUUGGAUUUUUUUUCUAAUGUUGAACAAUGCUGGGACUAGCUAGAAUGCACAUUCCUACUUCCUUUACCAAACCUUUGCAUGCUUCCUGCAAAGCACUUACCAAGUGAUUUCUCUUGAAUGAUCAGAUGUAAGUUUGUAUGUACAUGUUUGAGGAAAACAAUUUAAAGCAGAACCUUUUACUGAACAGUGUUCUACAGAAUUAUGACACUAAAACAAAACUGUGGAAGCCCUGAAAGCUUUAUAGUCCUGGACAUCAAAAAUUUUAUUUCAGAUGAUGAAUGUUUUGUUUUAAUCUUUUCUUAUAUUACCAUGAUUGAGAUAUUUUAGUAAUUGAAGGAACAUACACAGAUAUUUGGCAGAAGUUGAGUAAGUAGGGGAAAAAAAGAGUCCGUGAGUUUCAGUCAUUUUCAUUGCUCUUUUCAGAAAGAUUGUGUUCAGCUAGUAGAAGACUAAAGAUGUCGCUGAAGACAUCACAGAUAUUAUAUUUAUCUUUUGGCUUUGUGUACAUUAGAGAAUGUUGAUUAUUUUUAUACAAAAAUACAGCGGGUAAUUUUUUUAAUCUUUAGAUGCCUCUUGUUUGAAUGUAUGCUUUGUGGAAUUCUUUGUGUAGUAAUGUUUUUUAAAAAAAAAUGUUUACUGAUAGUUACAUGUAGGAUUAGAAUGUGUAAUAUAAGGCUCAUGUUCCAGACCUACAGUAGCUUGUAGUCUGUGUUACAUAUUUCUUUAUAUCACAUUUUUAAUCAUUGGAUUAAAGUUUCAAGGAAAGCUAGGUACUCUAUAAUCAGUUUUCAUUUAUUAGCAGUUUAUCAUCAUGACAGAAUUGUCAUAUGCUUGACUUUUCCCCUCUUCUUGCAAUUUCAGAACACAAAUACAGGCUGAGCAUUAGUAAGUGACAGCCCACAGUAUGAGGGAGGGAGGUGCAAUGGAAAUCUUGCCUGGAAUUAAAACUUCUCAUAGAUUAUUCGCAAUUAAUACAACAUUUAUUGUUUGGGGAUAGAUUCCUCCAUCAGUAAUGGUUACCUCCCAUAUUACCUAUGGCCUUUAAGGCAUCAAUUUUGAACUGUGUUGUAGGCUCUCCUUUUAUUUACUCUCUUCCAUAAUAUCAGCCAUUCUGUACUUACUGAAAGCCCCUGUGCCUACCACUGUUGUAAUUAUUCAGGAGAGGCUUGCAAGAGGAGUUUCUAUUGGAGAAUACCUUAUAAUCUUAAAUUUAGUCCAGAUCUCCUGUUGUCCCAACUCAGAACAUAGCCAGAAAAUGCACUUGCUUUUUUCAAGUGCGUUUUUAUUUUAAAAUGGCUCGUUUGCUAUCACUUGGUGGUUCUCCCAUCAGCACAGCUAUUUCUUCCAAUAUGAUUUAAUCAUCUUAAUUUCAAAACUUCAGUUAUAUUUAAUGGGUAUAUAGGCAACACUGAGCAUCCACCUCUCUCCUGAGUUUUUAAAGCACAGUAUAUAGUUGGGGAGAAUAUAAUUGUUUUCAUAUCCUUUCAUAUUACUACUAAUAGUUAGGAUUUUGACUGGGAAGAGAGAAUGACAAACAGAAAGGGAACAUGGAGGCUCUUCCUACUUUUGCUACCUAAGUUUGCAUUUUCUGACUUCCUUAAAGUGUUGCACUCUGUCCCAUUGGGAUAAAAAACCGUGAGUUUGAAAUUUUGCUUUGAGCCUUGUGUUCCUAGGAAAGUUAAACAACCAAGAGAGCUGGUUUGUAAAAAUUGUUUUUUAUAUGACAUUAAUAUUCAUUAAGCCUUGUGUAGGCAUGUGUAAGACACAGCUAUGCAGCUUUGAAUAGUCUAUAUAAUGUGAGAUAGAGUGUUGUCUCAAAACCUGUUACUUUUUAAUUAUCAUAUUAUUAUUUCCCUGAUGGUACUGUUAUUUUGCUGUUGAAUGCUCUAAACGGAACUUUUUUAAAAGGCGCGGUUUAAGAGCAGUCACCCAGGAGUAGACAAGGUGGAAUGGAGGAAAGAAAUGAUAAUGCAAAAGCUUGAGAAUGGGAAGAGUCAGAGGCGGCCGCCAUCAUCCUUGUUAGCUUAGCCCACUUCAAUACCGAGCACAUUUCUGCACUUUUGAAGUGAAUAUUCAUGUUUUACUUAGAAAUAAUUUCCUUUUAUUAGGUAUCCCACUGUUGAUUUUUGUUUCCUGGUAUAUCAAAAUUCUUAGAAUAUAUGAAACAUAGUUUAACACAUAGUAUUAUUGUGACUAUGCCUUUGAAUAAUUUUUGGCAUAGCUUAUCUUCAUUGAUCAAGUAUAAAAUUAUAAUGAGACACCUCUUCACAAAUACAUGUCUUAGAUUGAAUUGAAAUGUGUUAUAGUGCCCUGUCUCCCACUGACUUGUUCAAUUAAAUGUCUUUACUACAUUAUGUACAUCUUCAGGCUUUUGGUAACACAGUGGCACAAGUAUGGUAGGGAGGAAAUGUAGUCUUAGGCUGUAUGACUAUAUUAAGUGUGUAUAAACAGAUUUUGAAAGAAUAUACUAUUAUAGAUGUAUGUGAAUGAUGCUGACCUCACAGCCAUAUCCAGUGGAUGAAACUGACUGGACACAAUGUUUAAAUGUUUUAAAGAUAUAUUUUCAACCAGAACAGCCUGAUUAUAGUUUGUGGUUUAAAGAUUCUUACCUUGGUUGAAUUGCAGGAACACAUGCAGCCUACGGGCAUUGAGCAUUAGCUAAUGGCAUGAAAGGGCCUCAUCUCACUACCUCUCUGAGGCCUCUAGCUCCAAGAAAACUGCAUAAAAACUUAUUUCUUUGAGAGAUCUUUGUCUCAAAAUCCUUAGAGAGGAUUUUGUAUUGGGGCUAACUUUAGGAAGGGAGGUAGCUGGGGCAGGACUUUCUGGUACCUGACAGUCAUGUUCCAGAGCAACCUCUGGGCAGUGGAAACUGGCCCAUCUGUGCAAAAUGUUUGCUCGAUCUGUUUCUUGUGUGCCACAUAUGUAAAGUGGGGCCCUGAGGAAGGUUUUCUAGAGGGAAGUAUAGGGAAAUAGAGGAGGAGACAAGUAGGAGGAACAAAGCAUUUCAGACCCAAGAAGAUAGAGGUUAUUUAGGAUAGAUACAGCUUUCAUCCACAGUUCAAAAUAAUACAUUUCAGUUGUUAGAUACCAGUUAUAGCAAUAUGUAGGUUAUAGUUUUUAUGUGUCAGGAAAUCAGACUCAUUCUUUCACUCUCUAUACCCACUGUCUCCGUGCUUAGGAGCAUGGAUAUUAAUAGCUACAAUGAUAUAUAAGUUAGUGAUUUUCGAUUUCUGAAAAAGGUGGCAACCUUUUAUUAUAGUUGGAGAAUAUUUGUCAAAAAUUCAAAGGUUGUUAUAAUUGAGAUGCCAGAAUGACAGUUUCCAUUUUCAGAUACCACAGUUGAAUCACCUCUGUAGCUUGUUAUGGAGAGGCAUUUUAAGGUAGUAUUUUAUUUGUUAGGUUGUGUCUCAGUCUAACAAUUGGGAAAAGUAAGAGCUAUAGGUUUCAUUUUCCUAGUCUGAAUUUCAGUAAACACAAGCCUACCUCUGCUUCUUUUGUGCACAGCAGUGUGGAUCAUGAACUGUUUACCCACAUUCAUCAAUAUUGGUAUUUUAUAAAUCUACUUAGAGCAUUUUUAUUUCAUCUCAAAGAUUGUGAUCUAAUUUAGAUAAGCACAAAUACGGUAUUAGGAAAAGUAAAUAUGCAGUUUUACUAACAAUUUCAACAUGUUAUGCUGUAUAUCUUUAAAAAUAAUUAUUUGGGGCUGCGUGUGGUGGCUCACACCUGUAAUCACAGCACUUUGGGAGGCCGAGGCAGGUGGAUCAUCUGAGGUCAAGAGUUUGAGACCAGCCUGACCAAUAUAGUGAAACCCCAUCUCUACUAAAAAUAUAAAAAUUAGCUGGGCGUGGUGGCGUGCAUCUGUAGUCCUAGCUACUUGGGAGGCUGAGACAGGAGAAUUGCUUGAACCCAGAUGACGGAGGUUGCAGUGAGCCGAGAUCACGCCACUGUACUCCAGCCUGGAUGACAGAGCGAGACUCCAUGUCAAAAAAAAAAAAAAAAAAACUCUUUGGGAAGAUAGGUCCUCUUUUGUUAGUAAUUCAUAAAAUGUGUCCUUAUAUAGUUUUGUUCACAGCAGUUAUAUAAGCUUUCUUCAAAUAAAAAGUUUAGAUUACCUUAUUUGGAAAAAGAAUUUCCUAAAUUUUUAAGAAUGUUCAAAGUUUUACCUAUUAGUUUUUAGAACCUAAUCCAUUUUAAAAUUGUACUAUGAGAAAGCCUUUUUUGGAAAGUCAUAAAGCAUUAAUACAGAUAUAAUUAUUACUAUCACAUUCCAGAGAAAAUAUGGCUUUUUCUAAACUUUCAAUUUAGAAAACACACAUUAAAGGGGAAUCCCUGCCCUCCUUUUCAGCUCUGAAGACCAGGUUUUCUAAUGUACACUCCUCCAUUCUACUCAGACACAUGCACAGACCCCUUCCAAGUGUCAUGUUUGUGGGAACUUUUGGGAAAUGUUUUCCACAGAUGUUUUAUUUUUUCCCUUUUAUAGUUUGUUGACAUUUAAUUUUAUUUAAAGAUGACAAUUUUAAUCUGAAAUGUUAAAGAAGAGGUACAACAUAAUGAGGUUCUAGCUAGCUUUAUACUUUUGAAAAAUAUUUUUUUUCUACUGCUUUUUACAAGUACUAGUCCUCAGUAAUACUGGUGAUGUUCAGUAUGAAUCCAUAGAAAGAAAACAAAAUGUCUUGUUUAAAAGAAGCAAAGUAGGGAAUGAAUUUUAAUUUGGGAAAAACCAGUAUAAUCUUAAAACACUGUUACACUAACAUGGCAAGGUAUUAAAGAGUAAGGUAACAAGUACUUUUAGAGCACCUGUUUAAGUUUACUCCAGUAGUCAUCUUAAGGAUUGAUAGUCACCAUCAUUGGCCUAAAAUUUAUAUUUCAUGGAAUAUUAUCAGUGUUAAAUCCAUGCUUUGUGGAGCUUUAACUGACAGUGGUGAAAAAGUUGGUGUUUAUGAGAGAGUGGUGAGACAUCUCAUCAUUAGUGAAGUUAAACAUCAACCUGUUUUAGAAUUUUUUAGUCUUGCCUCAAGUAAACCAGAAGUAUCUAGUGUUUAAAUCUUUAAAAUGCUUCUCUUAAAAGUAUUUUUUGUUUUGGGUAGUAUUAAAUAAUCAGUAAAUAAUCUACUUCAGUAGUAAAUAAUAGAUGUAUCCUCACUCAUCAUCUUAAUUCAACACACUGGUUUGGCGACUGGGGUUUUAGUUCAGUGGGUUAGCUCUGUGUGACAUGUUGAGCAGUUACUCAGCUUUUUUAACAGCUUCCAGAUAUACCAUAUGGUGCCUGUACUAUUCAAAUGUUGAUUUUGGUUUAAUUCGUCUUUAAGGUACGUCCCAGCUAAAACUAUGAUUCUAGGCCAUGUAAUGGGGUUGCUCUUACUUCAUUCACUUUCCCUUUUUAAGGGUUUAUUUUAUACUUAAUAAGCAUCCAUUUCUUGGGUCACCUAGAGUCUUUGUUCUCUUAAGAAUUAAAGUAGAAAAUUCAUACAUAACAAGCAAAUGAGGACAUUUGCCUAAAUUCUCCUUACUGGUUAGCUACUGAAUAUAUGAACACAUAUGAAUAUUGUCAUUCAAGCAUUUAUAUUCAUUUAGCAAACAUUUGAACACUUAUAUGUGUAAUGUGUGGUAUACAUGACUUGAGGAACUAGUAAUAAGUAAUAUUUUCCUCAAAAAACUCAUUGUGGCUUAAAUAAAUACGGACAUAAUCAUUACUACU